GACGCCUCUCCGUCGACUCGCUAAAUCGUCGACGGUGUUCCCCUCGAGACGGGAAAGGCGGUCGGACAGUUAACGAUAUCGCCCAUAGAGAAAUUCAGAAAACUCCCCGACGCAUCAAGUGAAUCGAAGAAAAAUCCCGGAAAAAGGAAACUCGAAGACUAAGGCCUCCGCGAAUUUCCUGAUAAGUCUUCCGAACGGACUUUCAAAGACUAUGAUAGUGGAUUAUUGGGGACUCUCGUGUUCUCGAGUUUCGGAAAAAGUGUGGGAUCCUGAAAGACCAGGAAAAGCAACGGGCAAACUCGAUCUUAGACACGUCUAGAAGGUAUUCGGAAGAUCUUGGGAACCGGAAGUGUUAGAUUGACGUCCCUUUUCGCUGAAGAUCGAGUAAAAGUGGAGUGACUUCGAGUGGUUAUCAGUUUCCGAGCUCGUCGUUGUUAGCGAAAUUAACGUCGAUUUAGAGCGUCGAAAUCGGCUGGAUUGAAAGUCGGGCAAAAAGUCGGAAAUAACAGACGAGGAAGAAGAGAAGAAAGGAGGAAAAACACGUCUAGAAGAUAUUCGGAAGAUCCUGGGAACCGGAAGUGUUAAAUUGACGUCGCUUUUUGCUUAAGACCGAGUAAGAGUGGAGUGACUUCGAGUGGUUAUCAAUUUCCGAGCUCGUCGUUGUUAACGAAAUUAACGUCGAUUUAGAGCGUGGAUUGAAAGUCGGGCAAAAACGCGGAAAUAAAAGACGAGGAAGAAGAGAAGAAAGGAGGGAAAUCUUGAGAAUCGCAGUGUUUCGAGAAUUCCUUAAAGACAUUGAAAGGACAAUUCCCGAUAUAGAGAAGCUACAAAAUGUCCUACGUGCAGGAUUACGAGGACCAGAGAUGUCCAAAGAGAAGAUCCACGUGGGAUCGAUCCUAGAUCCGAGAAAAUCGCCGCCUCCGCUUCCGCGAUGACGCACGUUAAGAUUUUUCCGACAUUUCGCGACAUACACUCACAAGUUAUUUACUGCAAAUAACGCUUCAAGGAUUUCCCAAAAGGGUGGCAUAAAUCAAAAAUUUCUUUUUUUCCCCGGAAGAUAAUGCGUGCCUUUUUUUUCCAAACUCGGAUACGCUGGCUCCUGAAGAGCGUUUUAAGUAUUAGGCUAAUAGAUCUCGAAAUAGAUCAAGCGAAGGUAAUCGGAAAUAUCCCGCCAGCUCUGAAGGAACUUAACGAAUCGCGUUAAUUCGCUCGCGUCUCGUUUUUUACAUUCGUCCGCGCUGCUUUUUUUAUCGACUGCUUUCCCACGUUUUCUUCGUGAUUCCCUUUUUCCUGCUUCUUUUUUUUUUUUCUUCCCGUUUUAAUGAAGAUGAAGAGCACUAUCUCGCUCGUUUUGGGGUCGAGCGGAUUUUUCUGAGGACCUCGCCAGAGAGAAUAGUCGAAGACAAUGCAUCACAUGUAUCCAACUUCCAAGGGGGACCCUUUGUGUCCUCUUGGCUUCCAUCCUCAGGUGCGAUGGCCCACAAGGUGUAAACGCUGCUUCAGGGACUACAAAGAGCACGUGGGAAGAAAAGGAAGCUUGAAAGACACCACCGCUUCUUCACCGAGUCUUUCGCCAUGGGAACCGUCAUCAGGAAAAGCUGCCGAAGUGACGGACAAGAGGACCUGGGCGUCUACUUCGAAUUUGUCAAAAGAUGACGGGAAAUUCCUCCCGAAACCCGAAUCUUCGAUCGGAUGGACUUCCGUUCAAGAUUUGCCUUCCGCGGAAAACGAGGAUUUCGUUAAACCGGAUGUCAGCAGGACUGUCACUGUCAAAUCGAAAAACUACCUGGGUUCGCAAUCUGACAGUUUCGACAUUCGACGACACUCGUCGGAUGAGACGACCCUCGAUCAUCCCCAAAAAUUGCAAAUCAAAGGCGUCAUUGACAAAAGCAAAGGAACGUCAUCGGAAAAUGACGUGGAAUUCAUUAUCCAAGUGAAAAAAUCCCGAUCCAAGGAACCUAACAAGUCACCGAAUCCUCCGAAGGAAGGAACCGACGAAAGCGUCUCCACGAAGGAAGGAAAAGGAGGAAAAACGGAAAAGAAUGAAAUCGAGAAGUUGAAGGCGCAACUGAACGACAUGAAGGCGAGAUGCGAGAAGGUGGAGAAGGAGAAAAGUGACAUUUUACUGAGGCGAUUGGCGACAAUGGACAGCGUCUCCAACAAGUCUGGCAGCGAAGUGUCGAAACUUCAGAAAUCCCUGAAAGAAGUUCAAUUAAAGAACGAUGCUCUCGUCGAUGAAAAGUCUCAUCUGUCCUCCAAAGUGAAGAGUCUGGAAAAGGAGCUUAACUCGAAACCUUACAGAAACGACAAAGACAAGACAAACGAAGACUUAAGGUCGAAGUUGAAAGCGGCCGAGACACUUUGCGAGACUCUAAUGGACGAAAACGAAGAUAUGAAGAGAGAAAUAAGGGACCUGGAAGAGGAGAUAUACGAGAUGCAGGAUAACUUUAGGGAGGAACAAGCUGACGAAUACACGACUCUCAGGAAGAAUUUGGAACAAUCGAACAAGAACUGCCGAAUUCUCUCGUUUAAAUUGAGAAAGAUCGAACGGAAGGCUGAACAACUCGAAGUAGAGAAACUGGACGCGGAAAAGAGAUAUCAGGAGAUGAAGAAGGUCGAGGAUGUCCUAAAGAAGUUGGGAAACGAGUACAAAAACAGAUCGCAGAAGAAGACGACGGACUUCACGACGAAAAUUCAACUUCGCAAAAUGGUAGACGACAUGGAGAAGGAAAUGGGUGACGUUAUCGGCAUUUUUGCGAAAAUCAUCGAGGGGAAGGACGUCGACGUGUCGAAGCUGAAGCACGAGGAUAACACAAAAUACGAGAAGCUUUCUAAGGAGCACGAAUUGUUGAAACAGAAACUGGAUAAGACUUUGAAGGAGUUGGCUAGCGAAAAAGAGACGAAAAAGUCCGAGGCCGGUAAGACCGUUGACGACAAUAAGAACACGGAUUUACAAGGAUUGAAAAAGAAACUGGAAGAGGCAGUCACUUCGAAAGAGGAGUACCGAAAAUCCUGGGAGGCGGAAAAGGCGAAACUUCAGGAAGAGAAGGAGAAGCUGAAGUCGAAAUUGUUGUCCCUUUCGGCGGAAAAAUUGAAACUGUACAACGAAGUCGUUCAAUUGAAGAAGGACUUGGAGGUAGCUACGUCAUCGGAGGUGGAAAAUGCUAGAAUGGAAGGAUUGCUGAAUGACCUGAAGAAAGAAUUAUCCCUGGAGAAAGAAAAGACGAAGAACCUGCAAAAUGAGCUUACUUCAUAUACAGAGAAGGAGAGCAGGAUGACGAAGACUCUUGCUUCUGCGGAACAGGCGAAGGCGCAAACGGACGCAGAGUUGAAACGAACGAAACAGGAAUUGGAGAUCUUGAAGAAUUCAACGAGCAUGAAAAUAUCGGAGAUUACUGGUGAACUGGUGGAGGCGAAAAAGGAGAAGGAGAAGAUUAAACUGCAAGCACAGAAGGACGUACAAUCGAAGGAAUCCGAGCUAGCUACCCUGAAGAAGAAGGUCCUCACCCUGGAGAAAGCUGGGGCGAACACGAAGAAGAUGAACGAGCUUAAGGAAACCUACAACGAAAGAAUCAUGAAUCUUGAGAAUGAAGUUAAAAAGGGCUUGAAGGACUACGAGGAGCUUAACGCGAAGCACGGAAAAUUGCUCGACAAUAAGACGCAAAUCGAAACCGAGAACCAAAUUCUUAACAGUAAGCUGUUGGCUCUUAAACAUGAUUUGGGCAGCUCCGAUAACGAGCUGAAAGCUCUCCAGGACACGCUUAAGUCGAAGGAGAGAGAAUGGCAGACGGAGAAAACGAUGCUGGAGGAGAUAACGCAGGGAAAAACCUCCAGUUCGGCGUUGGACGAGGCCAAAGAUGAGAUCGGCAGGUUGAAGAGGGAAAAUCGCUCCCUCGUGGAACAAAUGGAAAACGUAAAGAAAACCAACGACGACCUCAUCAGCAAGUUAAAAGACUUCAACACCGUGACGAAGAUUCAGAGAAACUUGUCAGCUGAUAGCUCGGCUCUCGAGUCGGAGCUUCGAAAGGCGAAAAAUGCUUUGGCUAAUGUCGAAAAGGCGAAAAAAGCCGACGUGGCCCAGUGCAAGCUCCGUUACGAGCAUCGAAUCACAGCCCUGAACGAGGAAAUGAAAUCGAUCCAGAAUCAGCUCUCCAGGUACAAACGAGAGCGAGAUACAUAUAAGCACAUGUUGGAAGGUGCUCAGAAAACAAUCGCCAGUCUCAAAGUAGCCAGACAACGCAGACAAUCGAACACAUCUACUGGGAAAUCCGACGAGGAUGAAGAAUUAGCAACGACUAACGUCUCUAUCCUGGAGAAGCAGAUCAGCUGCAUGGAAGACGAGCUUUCCGAAAGUCGGCUCGAAGCUUCGAAGCUCAAGACGGAAUUGGUCUCGGAAAAGUCAGCUAUGCAAGUUAAGCUCUCGGAAAUGCAAUCGCGCGUUAACGAGCUGGAGGAGGAACGAAUGCUGGCGAGCGGCAGGACGAAAAUUCCUGGCCUGAAAGUUCGCAUGGAGCUUGCAUGGCAAAAAGAACGAGAGGAGCAACAAAGAUUGCUGCAAGAAACGGCCACCCUUGCCAGAGAUUUGCGACGAACUUUGUUUGAGAUGGAGAGGGAAAGGGACAUGGAACGGCUCGAGACGAAGAGGAAACAAGACCAAAUGAAGAAGCUCUUCGAUGAGGAGAAAGAAGAAAGUAAAAAGAAAUUAACAGAGCUGCAAUGCGACUUGCUCGAGUUGCGAGACGCCUACGCAAAGCUGCGAAUGAGCAACGAGAAAAUGAGGAGGGAAAAGGAGCGCCACGAACGAGAGCGAGAGGAUCUCCGUGAAAUAAUCGCCAGCAAGAGACGUAACGAGCAAAACGAAGCGAGAAAUGUUAACGUACUUUUGCAACAGGUCGACGACCUGAUGAGACUCUUUCCGGAGCUGGGGAAUAAGACCGAAAGCAAACCGGAGGCACCAUUUACGCCGACGCCCCCCAGGAGGCUGAAGGGACCAAAAUCGAGGGAGUCUUCGCCCAUGCUGGAGUCAAAGGAGGAUCCGAAGAACACAGCUGCCAACCUGGGUGGUAGAACGGAGAAGUUGGAGUACACUAUCGGGAAGUUAAUGGAAGUGGCGAGAGAACUUCAAGAUUCGAAGAGGGCCAUCGACGACACCACCGCGACAAGGGCGAAGAAAUUCGGCAAACGCUCCGCGUCCACAGAUGAUGACAGUGGAAGAGGAACAACUCCAAGCCGGUCCUCGACGAGCACAACCGGUCGAGGGCCGAGUUUGAAGAGGAAGAGCCUCUCUUUGGAACAAACUUCAGGGAAACACGAACAAGUCAUAUGGGGAACGGACAGUAACGUGUCGAGCUUGCAAUCGCUGAAUGGAUCGGAAGUGGACUCGCGACAAUUCGGUACUCAAAGGGAUUCUAGCGUCGACAGCCGGCUAUCCGGGGGCUCCACCAAGAGCGAGAUGCUGCACAGGGAGAAGAAGUACCCCAAAGGGCUGAUUAGGAAGAUAACCACGAAGCUGACGAAGUCGGCCAGCAUGGACGAUCCUAAUAGCUCCUUCGAAUUUUCGAUUCAGACGUCGGGGUCCGAGGGAAGCAUCUACGAGGAAAUCAAGCCGGACAAGAAGAACCUGAAGAAGAAGUUGACGGACAUGUUCAAAAGAGGCUCCAAGAGCAACGGCCUGGACAAGAAAUCUGGUUCCCGCGAGCCGAGCAGACCAUCGUCCAGGAAUUCCGCGGUCUCGAAGACAUAACUGAAAUUAUCCACUCUACAACUAUAAAUCCUCAUUGUUCCGUGUCGUAGGUCAUGCACGCGUGCGUGAUCCAAUGCCUAUAAAGAAAAAAGUGUCUUAUUCGAGUCGACUGAUUUGAAGGGGGUCUCCACUUCACCUUAAACAAUGCCCUCUAAAAGUGAAACUGCGAGAUGAUGCUGGAAUUUUUUACUGCGACCCUCGAGUAACGUUAAACAAAGUUACCUUAGCCUUAGAGUACCAUCCGAUUAGGGUUUUAUAACUACGUAAAGUACUG